CAGAGCGUUAACACCGAUGAGUUUGGCAAACCCGAGCUCAUAGGGAGGGGUGGGUUCGGCGCCGUGUAUAAAGUGAAACAUAACUCAAGCGAUGAGUUGUAUGCCAUUAAAACGGUCACUUUUCCCGCCUCGAGUGAUGCACACAAACAGCGAGUACUAAAUGAGGUAAAAAGUUUGGAAAACGUGCGCUCAAAAUAUGUGGUCCAGUAUUACACCUCUUGGAUAGACAACAAUCGGCUGUACAUUCAGAUGGAGUAUUGCCCGCAAAGUUUGCGCAAACUAUUGGCCGACAAAGCGCUGGCUUUUGGCAGACAAUCGCCGGACGAACCCAUGAAUGCGUUCGAGUAUUUCAUUUCAUGUGAAAUAUUCAAAGAGCUCUUAGAGAGUGUUCAAUAUCUUCACGAAUUGAAUCCACGGGUUAUUCAUCGGGAUCUCAAACCGGACAACGUUUUGCUUACCAAUACAUUAAGCGGUAAUAACAACAAUAGCCGGCGAUUCAUAACAUUGGGUGACUUUGGUUUGGCCACUGUUCACGACCCGAGCCGACACACUGACAGCCGGUACCAGCACUCAGCUGUUGGCACUCGUGGUUAUAUAGCGCCCGAAGUGUUUAAAGGCAGAUAUAACCACAAAUCAGACAUUUAUAGUCUCAGUAUAAUAGGACAGGAGUUGUUUGACAUUGAUUUGCAGGCCUCGAAAUCGUUUGAAGCAAAUGAAUCGCUAUUCAAGUCAUGUAUGUCUCAAACGCUGGAGAAAAUGAUGUCAUCUCCGCGAUGGACACAAAGGCCUGAGUGUCGGGAAGUGUUGGCCAAACAUAACGAGUGCGAAAUAUUACAGCCGAUGACCAAUAAUAUUACACCAAUGGAUCUAAAUAAUGGCCAGAGUCAAGUAUCUCAAAACAACUCUUACCGUAACAACUUUGAUGAACUCGGUGAUCCGAUAGGGAGGGGUGGGUUCGGCACUGUGUUCAAAGUGAGACAUAAAUGGGAUGGUAAUGUGUACGCGGUCAAAAAGGUCACAUUUCCCGUCAACGGAAGUGAUGGACGUCAACAGCGAGUGCUAAAAGAGGCACAAAGUUUAGCAAAACUGAGCCCACAAUAUGUGGUACGAUAUCACUACUCAUGGCUCGAAGACAAUGUGCUAUACAUUCAGAUGGAGUAUUGCCCGCAAAGUCUGCGCAAACUAUUGGCCGACAAAGCGCUGGCAUUUGGCAGACAAUCGGUAAAACCGAUGAAACCAUUCGAGUAUUACAUAUCGUGUAUAAUAUUCAAAGAACUCUUAGAAUGUGUUAAAUAUCUACACAAAUUGGAUCCACAGGUCAUUCAUCGGGAUCUCAAACCCGAAAAUAUAUUAAUUAGCCAAAACCUUAGGUCCAAUCGAUGCGUAAAAUUGUGUGACUUUGGUUUGGCCACUGAACACAACCCGAACCGACUCUCUGCCAGCCAUACGUUAGGUGUGGGAACUUUUCCAUAUAUGGCGCCCGAAGUAUUUGACGACAAAUAUAAUCCCAAAUCAGACAUAUAUAGUCUCGGUAUAAUCGGGAAGGAGUUGUUUGGCAUUGAUUUCAAUUUGUAA